UCCCGUCAUCCGUCUCUGACAAGCCUCACGUUUUCCCACUGUGACCUCAGACUGUCGGUGAACCGAUGCACGCCUCCUAGCAUUGUCUUUACUGAAAGCCGGUGGGAAAUCAUCAGAAAUACACUAAACUGACUGUCGGCGUCACCGUGUUUUCUAGCGACGUGUUCGCCGUGCACACAGCUGAUCCAACCCGACAGAGACGAGCGAGCUUGCAGAAGAUAUGGCCGGAAUCGAGGAGCUUUCCCCGGCUGCGGGCCCGGUGUCUACCCGGCCCCCCGAGGACGAGAUUGACGACGAUGAAGAUGAAGAUCUGGAUGAGACACUGAUGGAGAGGCUGUGGGGCCUGACAGAGAUGUUUCCUGACACAGUUCGCUCCGCUGCUGAGGUGUCUGCACAAUGCUCUGUCUCACUGGCCAAGAAGUUUUACAGUUUUUCCCGAUCGGCGCUCUGGGUGGGUACUACCUCCUUCAUGAUCCUGGUGCUGCCUGUUGUGUUUGAGACAGAAAGACUACAGCUGGAGCAGCAGCAGCUACAACAGCAGAGACAGAUCCUAUUGGGGCCCAACACUGGAAUGUCUGGUGGGAUGCCGGGCAUGAUGCCUCCUGCACCUGGCAAGAUGUGAGAGACAGGAAGGGCCAACAUGAACCUGAGAUCUACUGCUAGCAAUACAGCGGGGCCGGUCGCAAGGAGAGACAGAGAGACCAUGGAAAAGCUGUAUGUCAACGGCGCGACAUUAGGCUCACUCCGACGUGUUGGAUUGGCUAACGGGAUUGAAGGAGGAUGCGUUUCUAACACUUCGCUCUCACUGUCUCUCCUUACUCCAACAUCAUGCAGAGACUUAUUUCCAGGAGCACUGCUUCCAUUUUUUUUUUUUUUUUUUUUAAAUAAAUACUUAUAUCAACAUAGAUAAUGUGUUCUUUAGGGGAUAGCAGGUACAGGUGGAUACAUUGAAAGAAAAUAAAUCUGAAGGUUACCAGUUGUUUGUCUUGGUGUUUGCAGUCUGAAGAACGUUGUUAUACUUACAGUAUGUUGGCAGUUUUGUCCAUCAUCAUGGGCUUACUGGUUCCACUUCUAUGUGAAUUAUGUUAAUAGAAUAUCUGACAGACAGGUCUGAUGCAUUGUGGAGCAUACUGUAGACUAUUAAUUGAUAGGAAUGUGAUCUACAGAAGGGCCUCUUGAAGUUCUACAAGGUAAAUGACACUCUUCUUCUGUGUGAAGUGUUUCUGUUUGUACACAGUUCACAUUUGUACAUCUAUGGAUGGAUGUCAGAGUGCAAUGCCUCUCACUUAAAACUAGCCAUAGUUAUUGGUUUCUCUGCUUUUAAAAAAUGGAUUGUAUAAUGCAACAACACCAGAUUCCAUGCUGUUCAAUGAUUCAAAGAUUGUUGUGUCUUUUUCUGUUGGUAUUAUGUGAAAUGCAAAAUCAUUGUGCCAUGUGUCAUUUAAGACAGGAAACAUGUCACAUGUUUUUGGACAAAUGUGGCUGUGGUGGUUGAUAAAGUCUCUAUUACCCUGACAUGUCCACUCUUAGGAGAAUGUUCUUUUGUCUGUUGUCAUCCAUGUGACAAUUUACAAUCUCUUACCUCUGUUCAGUAAGCAAUUCAAUGUCUCUGUUUUGUGUUCAACAUGACUGCAGUAAUUAAAACACCAAAUCAAAUGGAAA